GGGCCAAGCAGGGAGGGACAGACACACAGAAGGAGAGAGAGCUGGAGAGAGCAAGAUAGAUGGAGCGAGACAGAGUUUCCUACAAACAACAGAUGUAAUGGUACAUUUUCAAACCUCUUGGAACACAACUCUAAACUGAGUGUAGGAGUCUCUGUUCAAUACUUUAAUCAUAUUUCCUUUGAAUUUCACACUGAUGGAAACUUCUUUGUACCUCACCCUCCUAAUCUCAGGAUUCUACACACCUUCCUCAUGUCUUCAUCAGUAUCACCUCAUUACCAACUAUAUGAACUGGACUGAUGCCCAGAGUUACUGCAGAGAGAAAUAUACUGAUCUGGCUACAGUAGAUGACAUGGAGGACCUGAACAGGCUGAUUACCAGUGGCAGUGUUUAUGAUUGGUUCUGGAUCGGACUGAAGAAGGGAGACUCCUUGAAGUGGCACUGGUCUCUGGCAGACAGAUGUUUCUACAGAGAGGGGGAGACUGAGUUCAGAAACUGGGACACAGGGAUGCCACAAAAUGGCAACUGUGCUUUCAUGAGUACAGCUGGGCUGUGGAACAACACCUCCUGUGAUGACCAGCAUCACUUCAUCUGUUAUGAUGGAAAACAAGACACCAACCUGACAUAUGUCUUAAUUCAGGAGAACAAGACCUGGAGAGAUGCUCAGAGUUACUGCAGACAGCAUCACACAGACCUGGUCAGUGUGAGGAACCAGACUGAGAACACAGAGAUAGAUCAGAAGAUAUCACUGAGGGGACUUCCUGUGUGGAUCGGUCUGUUUCUAGACUCCUGGAUAUGGUCAGACCAGAGUGACUCCUCAUUCAGAAACUGGUGGCCAGUAAGGCAUUCAACAGAUCAGAGAUACAACUGUACUUGGAUGUCUACUGAUCCCUCUACUUAUUAUACUAAAUGGAUAAGUAGUCCCUGUGACAACUACGAGCCUUUCAUCUGCCAUGGCCCAGCUGUGGAGACCACGACUGGCCCGCUGCCCACAUCAACAAACACAAGCACGACUUUCUCACCAACCACACCCACAAUCACAAUAAUGACCAAGACUGAAGAAACAGGUGGAAGAGACUCUGAAGAGACUCUUCAACUGAAGAGACAGGUGGUGAGAGUGAAGAUGACACAAAGAGAUCAACAUCUGAACCUCAGAGAUCCUUCUGUUCAGGACGCCAUCUUACAAGAGAUAAGGAACAAGCUGAAGGAUCAGGGGUUACCUGCAGACACCAAAGUGACAUGGAAAAAGCAGCCUGAUGGGAAGGUCUUCCACAAGGAGGAAGAGGAGUCUCCUAAUAAAGAAGAGGGAGGAGAAGAAGAUGAAGAAGAUGACAAAGAGAGAACUCUAAUUAUCUCAGCGACAGCUCUCGGUAUACACGCUCCAGCUAGCUCAGCGACAGCUCUCGGCACAUACACGCUCCAUCCAGCUCAGCGACAGCUCUCGGCACAUACACGCUCCCAGCCAGCUCAGCGACAGCUCUCAGCACAUACACGCUCCAUCCAGCUCAGCGACAGCUCUCGCCUUCUGCACCCGCGCGCUCCAGCCAGCUCCGACACCUCAGCAAUACGCCCGGCUCCAUCCAGCUCACGACAGUCUCUCGGCACAUACACGCUCCAGCCAGCUCAGCGACAGCUCUCCAGCACAUACACGCUCCAGCCAGCUCAGAGACAGCUCUCCCAGCACAUACAAGCUCCAGCCAGCUCAGAGACAGCUCUCAGCACAUACACGCUCCAGCCAGCUCAGCGACAGCUCUCAGCACAUACCACGCUCCAUCCAGCUCAGCGGCAGCUCUCGCUUGCACAUGCACGCUCCAGCCAGCUCAGCGACACUCUCAUGCACAUCACGCUCCAUAGCUCAGCGACAGUCUCUCAGCGCAUCCGCGCUCCGCCCAGCUCAGCGACAGCUCUCAGCACAUACCUGCGCUCCAGCCAGCUCAGAGACAGCUCUCACACUACACGCUCCAUCCAGCUCCAGCGACAGCUCUCGCCAUACUGCGCUCCAGCUAGCUAA